UGGCUUCAUGCUUCUUUGUCUGAAAGCGUUCUGCCCUAUGCUGUUGGUUGCCCCACUGCUAGAGACCUAUGGCUCACUCUAGAAAAAAGGUUUGCCAACCUCACACGCUCUCAUGUCCUCCAACUUAAAUCACGUCUUCAGACUCUUAAGAAAGGCUCUGCCUCCAUGCUUGACUAUCUCCAAUCCCUCAAACACAUUGCUGAUAGUCUUGCUGCUGCUGGUGCUCCUUUGGACACCUCUGACUUUCUUGCUCAUGCUCUCUCUGGUUUGCCCUCUGAUUACGAUGCCUUUGCCACCUCUAUCCGAGUUCGCUCUGACCCCAUUCAACCAGAAGAACUUCAUGGUCUCCUCCUCAGUGAGGAAAUUGCUGUUGAAAAUCGCCUGACUCACAUCCCUCCCUCUGAUUCCCACCUCCAUGCCUUUCAUGCCUCUCAAUCCUCUGCCUCUUCCGCUCCCUCUCCUCAUGCUCUCAACACAUCUUCUCAGUCCUCUCGCUCUUUCCCUCGUUCCCACUCUUCUUUCUCUUCCUCUCGGCCAAACAACUUCACCCCUCGACCCACACACUACAACUCCAACUUUUCUCGCAAACCAAAAUGCCAAAUAUGCUCCAAACUUGGCCACUCUGCCCUCACAUGCCGCCAACGCCUAAAUAUGGCUUUUCAAGGACCUACACCACCAUCUUCCCUUACUCAAAACACCACCCCCUCCAUCCUUGGCCCCUACAACCCAUCUGCCUCUUUCACCUCUUUCGCUCCUCCCUCAACCUCUACCACCACUUGGUAUGCCGACUCUGGUGCCACAAAUCAUAUCACCAACAAUCUUGCAAAUCUCUCCCUUCCUUCUCCUUAUCAAGGUAAUGAAAGUAUCACUGUGGCAAAUGGUCAACACAUGCCUAUCUCUCACACUGGACAACAACACGGGGACAACUCUCUAUCAAGGCCCUACUGAAGGACAUCUCUACCCCAUCAAGCUUUCAACUUCUCCAUUUCCUCUCACAUGUUUCAGCAGUCAAGUAUCUUCCACUUUAUGGCACCAACGCCUUGGCCAUCCCAACAAUCAAGUCCUUAUGCAGCUCAUCUCUAGCAAACAACUUCCAACCACACCUACAUCUGCCACUUUAUCCUUUUGUUCCUCUUGUCAAUUAGGAAAAAGAUCAAAGCUUCCUUUCUCUAAAUCAUCAUGUACUACAUAUUCUCCUUUGGAAUUAAUACAUUCUGAUUUAUGGGGACCCUCUCCAGCAGCUUCAU